AUGGCAUCUGCUGUCCCUUAUGAUCCUGAAGAUGAGGUGGAUGACAUCUUACAUAACAAUCCCUUCGAAGAGCCUUCUAAUACCAAUAAUCAUGUGGAUGAUAUAUACACCAAUGAUUCACACACUACUAUUGAAACAACAAAACCAGAUAAUGCUAUUAAUGAUGAUGAAGCGACUCAACCCAAGCAAAUGGAAUCUGAAGAAACCAAGAAGAAGAACGCUGAGAAACAGCAAGAAAUAUUGAAGAAGCUGAUACCUGAAAGAUUUGAACAAAAGGAUAAGUAUAAUGUGGUUAUUAAAGUGAUUGGUCUCGAGAGAGUUGGUUCUCUCAGCAACAAAAAGGAAAAUCCCACAAUAAUAUUUGAAGUCAAUACAAAUUUACCAACAUUUAGAAAAAAAAAUCAUAAAAAUGUGAGGAAAAGCCUUGACGAGUUUAGGAAUUUGUUCAAGUACCUGAAUGCAACACUCUCUGAAUCAUUCAUCCCUUCCUUACCUGCGCCUUUUACAAAUUAUGGGAUUAAUACAAAGGAGGACUAUAAGAAGACCGUGAAUAACUUCCAAGUAUGGUUUUUCAGACUAUGUGCAAACCCACUAAUAAUACGCAAUGAAGAGCUCGCUUUCUUUAUUGAAAGUGACUUUGACACUUAUUAUCCAGUGAACCAGUAUAAAUCACCAGUAUCUGGUCUUAAGAGGAAGACAAUGAAACAAUUUGCACCACCUUAUGACGAGUACACUGAAUUAGCUGAGUUCAGGCCGCUUGUGAAGUCCAUUUACAGUAUAUGUGACUCAAUUCAAGAGAGGCUCCUCAAGGCCAGUCGUGCUCGCAAACUCAUGGUCCAGGAUGAGAAUCUCUUUGGUAAGUGCUUUGAACAGAUCGAUGACAAAAAUGUGUUGUACAAGAAGUACGGCCGGGUGAUGACAGCUGUAGGGGACAUUGAUAGUAUUAUCGCUAGUAUGGACAUGGCGACAUUCUAUGAUGGUCUCACAUGGAUUGUGAGAGAUACGUAUGUAGUCAAGGAGGCUCUAACAAACAGACACUUCUUAAUGCGGGAGUUAUUAAAUGCUCAAGCUAAUACCAAGAACAGACAAGAGCAAGUUCGCAAGACCCGGACGAAAAGAGACAGCAACCCAAUAAAAGUUGAAGAGACCACCCGAAACAUGAAAUUGGCACAUCAGUAUGAGGCAGAUGUCAGCCAGAAACUUAACAGAGUGACCCAGAACAUGCUUAUUGAGAGGAAUGAGUGGCUCAGUUGGUAUGACAAAUGGCUCAAGAGUUGCAUUAGGAGUUAUGUGCUGAAAAGAAUUGAAUAUGAGCGGAAGAAAUUAGCACUGUUGGAGAGAGUAAGGAUAGAUGUCAGAAAGGCUGAUCCUCGCGGUGGUCUUUCCAGGCUCGGAAGAGAAAACGUAAGCGACAGGACGGAGGUGUCACAAAGUCUAGAAGGUGACAGCUGGGCUGGCGAAAGAAGGAUACGUAACGACAACGACUUGAAGAAAUUACUAAACACAGAGUUUGAUGAAACCCUCGAGCGCGCUGAACAGAAAACCAACGGGGAAACCACCCUCGACGCCCGCAACGCUGCAUCACUCCUAGGUGUCACAACGUUCUAG